AUUCACGCAAUCCUGUGUUGUUGCGUGCAACAACCUGGGCUGCCCUGAAUCGCAGAACAAACCCCCAGCAACUUGCCCACCUCCUGUCGGACCGCCAGGCCUCUAGACCAUUGAUUAUAGCUCUACCAGCAGCUUUACAUUCAUGACAGCGUCCGAGGCAGCCUCUGGUGCCGCGGCGCAGGGCGACAGCCCACGCCCUCUCGCCUCCACACCUCCUCGCACCAGCUGCUGCUCGCCCAGCGCCGCCUUGGCCCCAAGCCCUGAGACUGCUGUCAAGCGGCUGAUCGCCACCAUUGACAGCAUGCAGCAGCAGCAGGCGCAUGCCGAGGCGCGGCGUCUAGGCGCCGAGCAGACCGCGAGCGCCGCCGCAGCUGAGGCGCACUCACUGCAGGUGCUGCUGCAUGCCGAGCUGCGGCAGCUGGAAGAGAUGGACGACCGGCAGCAGGCAGCCCACGCAGCCCUGGAUGCAGGACUGCUGCAGCAGGCGCAGCGUAGCGAGCAGCUCAGGCAGGUGCAGGCGCGCGUGGCGGCGCUGCGUGCCGAAUCGGCGGCCAGCAACGGCAAUGGCUCUCCUGAGGAAGAGCACGAGCAUGAGCGGCAGUUGCAGCAGAAGCAUGCGCUGGCAGCGGAGCUGCAGCAUCGGCUGCGGCUGGCGGGGGUGGAAGAAAGCACGAUAGCGCAGCUCUGCUCAGACGCUGCGGCACAUUCUGCAGUGGCUGGUGGCCAGGCGGCAGCAGCGCAGCAGCAGCAGCAACAACCAGACGGCGGCGUGGCAGGCCUGCGGAAAGCACCCUGGCUGGGCGGUGGGGGCCUGCUGAGCAGCUUCCGGCGGCGAACGACUGCCACCUGAGUAGCGCGUGCAGCCAUUCCGCUACAGCUCGUUCAACUGGAUGCCAGGCCUGGCGCACUUGAUGAUUAUUACAUCGGCACGUGUCAGUGUUUCUUAUCAAUGCUUAGACAGACUGUUUUGGCUCUCGCAGUACAUACUCUGCUAACCGCUAGGAAAAUAGAAC